CCAGAGGAAGCUGGGGCAGAUGCAGUGAGGGCUCCAAUCUCAGCAGAUACCCAGACCACUCUGAACUAUCGCCGAAAAUGAUGUACCCAGGAUUGCUGCCGUCUUCAUUCAGCCCAUUGAUGGAUUUCAACUGGCCUGUGCGCAGCCUCUGGCCUGAUACCCGGCCACUCUUCUUUAAGAUUGAGCAAGAAAUGAUGAGGCACAUGCAGGAGAUGAGGCAGAGCAUGGAGUUCAUGGAGAGGCUUCAUCAGAAAAUCUUCGAGGAGAUUGACCACAUCCCAGCAUCAUUAACGUUCAAGCCCAUAUCGUUCAAGAUGGAUAAUCAGGGUGAAAAUUUUGCCCUAACCCUGGACACUAAGGACUUCUCCCCAGAGGAGCUGUCCAUCAAGCAGGUGGACAGGAAGCUGAUGGUGAGCGGGAAGACAGAGAAGAAACAGGACGAUGGAAAGGGCUCGUACUCCUACAAACGACAGGAGUUCAGGCAGGAGCUUGACCUACCAGAAGGUGUGAACCCAGAAGAUGUGACUUGUUCCCUCUCUGAUGGGCAGCUUCAGAUUAAAGGGCUGAGAGCAGUCAGGCCUGCGAUAACUGAGAGAGUGGUGCCCAUUGAUUGUGCGCCAGCCUUGAAGAGUCCAGAAGUGCAGAGCGGAAACGUGGACGGCUGCGUCACUGACUCAAGCUCCUCCAAGGACUGAUGACAUUACAGCAGGCAAACUGGAUUCACAUCACAUCUUGGUCCAUAAUUGAACUCUUUUCAGCACUUUCAUGAUGAUAUUAUAAUGAAUUGGAUGUGGUAUUACUGUAAUUCAUGUUACUUACUAGAUAAAUGAGAGUAAAUACAUUUUGUAUGCUUGCUACUUCCAAUAAAUUGUGAGUGUUUGAAUCAUUAAAAAUGCAUUUUAUA